CACCGCAGCAGCAGCAGUGCAUAGCGCUCACUCUGCGUCCCACCAGCGUGCGCACUCGAACUAUAGGCGCUCAGGGCGAAGGAACAGUUCACAUCCAGCCCAUAAUCCAGCCCCGUGUGACUCCAGUCUCCACACGGAAGCUGUGGCAGUAGUUUGUCUGCGCUCAAACACGGGUCCGCUUCCCAUUAGCGCUCUUCACGGAAAUGAUUCACCUGAAGAAGUUUGGAAAGUGAAAAGUUUUGGAGAGACGGUAGACUGACACAAAUUCAGAUGGAGAGGGGGUAAGACGAGCCAUUUGGACCAGGAAUCUCUUUAUAGGGCAUAACUCCAGUGAGGCUCGUCAUGUCAAACCGUGACUCUUUGGGAUACGGCGACCUCCUUCCGCAGGAUGUGGUGGACAUCUUCACCCAGGAGAAGCACAGUAAAAAGGGCCGUAAGCAGCAGCGCAGUCGCUCCAUCGGCCGGGCUCUGGGCUGGCUCAAGGGGAAAAAGAAUAAGAACUUGGGGGAUAAAGCUCAAAAUCCAGGGCUUGGACCUGCUUUUGACCUGGCCCUGGACUUACACCCUGCUGGUUACCAGGGUACACCCAAGGGAGCACAGAAGUCGGGAAAGCAGGGACAUCAGCAAAGCAACAGUCAUGCUGUCCCAAAGCGAGAUGAUGAUGAGACCCCAGCCCCCCUUGUCCUCCCAGAGAAUGUGUUCAUUGAGGCUAGCAGGUCAAAGUACCUGGAGAACCUUCACAGUGAGGCACUGGAAGGACUCAAACUGAUGCAGCAAGAAGAGCGAAUUCUUGGGCCGGAGUAUCAUGACAACGAAAGCACAAUUUCGACAGUAUCAGCUCGAGCAGAAGUGGAUGGAGGAGGCUUCACCACAGACAGCACCCUCCCUGACACAUCCUCCAUGGUCUCAGUGCAGUCCUCUGUGUCCUCAAGAUCCUCACGCUCUGGACUCACGCGCCAAGCAUCAACCUUCAGACCACUGAACUCUGGGAAAAAGUCUGACAAAGGCCGGACGAGGAGAAGACACAGAAGGACUAUAGGGAGUAUCCCUCAACAUCUUCAAAGAGAAUUUGGACUGGACAGAACUGAGUGGACAGUAAGUCCAGGGCUGGAGGAGGAGUUUAUAAAUGGGCAAUCUGAUGGACCACAGCUGGCUGUGCACUCACCAACAGAGACAAACAACACAGAGGUCAUUCCUCCUCUGAGCAGCGUUCAAGAGGAGCAGCUCCGAGGACCCGCUCAUGUGGACGACAUGUCACUGUUGCAGCGUGUGGGCCCAGUGUCAUCUGGAGGGGACAGGCCCUGGUCUCUGGCUGUCCCGGGACUGACUACUGCAGGCAGUGCUCAACCAGGACCCCCCAGCCCUGUCAUGUCCAUGUCACCGCAGGCUGCAUAUCUGUCCAAAAUUAUUCCUAAUGCAGUGCUCCCACCCUCUAUUGAGGUUGUAGAAAUAAGUCGCGGGAGUAGCCGCAACAGUGUCCGAACUGUCAGCAAGAGAAGUUUGAUGCUGUCCAGCCCACCCUCAUCCCGUGCUUCAUCCAGAGCGUCCACAGCCCGGAGCACCUCCUCCAGAGGCUCCACCAUGACCUCCGCCUCUCGACAGAUGCACUUUCACCUGUCAGACAGCUCCUGCUGGAGUAACUCAGACUCAGACACUUUAGUGUCUGAUUCCUCCACUAUUUCAAGUAGCAGCACCCCACGACAGAGAGAAGACAAAGAGGCAUCUAAAAUACAAAACAAAGUGAGUGAUGCAUCAAAGAGUCCAUCUAAUGGUAGAAUGAUUAAGGGCGAUCAACCAAACAAAGAUGGAGCAUUUAUACGCAGUCUCUCUGUCAUGAAGCCUAAAAGAGCUCCUCCACCUCCAAGUCGCUCUAAUUCUCUCCACAAUAAAAUGAAGAGGCGCUCUCGUGAUCUGGCAGAUGUUAAGAUUAUACCAAACCAAACAAGUGAGGGAUGUAUGAAAAAAAUAGACAGUCCUGGAUACAAUGCUGACACCAGUUCACUGGAUGAAUCCACUGGCUCCAAAACGCCAAGUCCCCCAAAGUCCCAGCAGAAUGUGUAUUCCACUAACAAUAAUGUUGCUAUGGAUACUUCAAAUGAAAAGAAAGAAGCAAGUCUCUCUAACAAUCAUAGUAAAAUAAUCUCUCCAUCCAGUGGCUACUCCAGUCAGGAUCCCAUGUCACCCAACAACUCGUCUCCAAAACACAAAAAGGGGCUGCUAGCUAAACUGCACAAGUUAUUCCCUGCAUCCACAGCUGCAGAGGUAUCCCCAUCUGUAGUUACUCAGCCAGAGGUCAGUAAAACCAGUAAUACCUCUGUCAUCACUGUCAAUGAGAAGCCCUCAGUAAAGGCUUUAAGAGAACUCUUCAAUAUCCCCCCACAUCCAAAAGUACAUGCCCCUCCUCCCCCUCCUCCUGAGGUAUGGUCCCACAGCCCUCGCAGUAUUGAGCUGUUGCUGGGACCACCUUCACCUGAAAAUACGUAUGCCAUUGUGAAGAAAAACCCAAAAGACAAGAGACCAUACAGGCAACCUCCCUCCACAUGUGCAGACGGAGCUGUGAGGAGUUCAUUUGAGGAGCAGAAAAGUAGUAACGUAGAGUCCAAGAAGGUUCGUGUAAGUCAAGAAAGAUCCGUGAAUGUAGAAAAGAGUGAAAGACUGAUGCAGACAAAUGUAGAUGCGAAAGACCAUGGAAAAGUACAAGUAAGUGCGAUAUUGAAUGACAUAUUAGUUAGAACAGUAGAAAGAGACGGACGGAGGCUCGCAGCCAUAGCAGAAGAACAUAAAAGCAGUACACAGAAUACCAAAAAUCCAUCCAUUUCAUUAGCACACAUUUCUCCUCAGCUCCCCACCAAACAGACUGCAGGGGUCACAACUAUCGUAUCAGUACAACAUGUCACCUCCCCUGAAUCGUCCUGGCCCCCCCCGCCCCCACCAGUGUCACAGGCAGGCCCGGGCAGUCCCGAUGAAACAGAGUUACCUAUGCCACCCCCUCCAGACGUUACUGAAGUUGAAAUAGUCCUCCCGGUGCUGAUGCCUCCAGACAAGCCUGUUCAUAGUGCAUCAAAUAUGUCCACUUCAUUACAGGGCAACAAGGCUCCACCUCUAAAUAUCCCUCCUCCGCCUUCUUACACAGCACCACUGCCGCCAACAAAGACAUUUGCAUUCUCUGAAAAAGGCCAAAUGUUUUCAUCGGAUUCAAAAGAAAUUUCUCCUCCAUCACCAAAAACAACUUCACGUGCAAAAGAAAUCAAGCAAUAUACCAUCUCUAAACAAUCACCUCACUCUCCCAAAGAAACACCGGCUGAAUCCCCUCCACUAGCUCCUAAACUUUCAGCCAUUCUUCUACCCCCAGAGGGCACCUCUCCCCCACCUCAGGAGCUGUUAGUGAAAGUCCCCCCUUCAAUUAUCAUCGAAGCACCAUCCACAAUAGCGCCAUCAAAUUCAGAUGUUCCUCCUCCACCUGAUUUGAUCCCACCCUCUCCUUCUAAAGAGGUGGUUAUGAUACAUUCCAUAAUGGCUGAUCUCCCAUCUUCAACCUUAACGGACAUAACCGUUGAACCAAAACAAGCCUUGCCACAAUCUACUGUCACAAAUAUGACAGUUUCAGAAAUAAUCACCGAGGUUUCCAUCUUACCACCAGCAGACAUUCCUCUACCCCCUCAGACAGUCUCCAAGCCCUCACCCAAAGAUGUAGCUUCUCCAACUCCAACCAAAGAAACCCCUCCACCACCAAUAGAGGUUACUAUCACCCCUCCUGAAGUUUCUGUCCCUCCAUCUGAAGAAGUGUCUACUCCUGUACAGAUCGUGGUCUCUCAGCCUCCAGUAGAACUCCACCCAAAACCUGAAGUGUCCAUCCAACCAGAAGAUGUGUCUGCUCAACCCUCAAUAGAAGAACCACAAGAAAACUUGUCUCCUCAACCUUCAGAAGUAAUUACAGAUGAGCCCGAAGCACCCAAAGAAGAGCCCACCCCAGCACCUAAAGAAUCACCCCCUCCAAUUAAAAUAGUGUUGGCACCACAAGAGGUCACUUCAUCCCCACCUGAGGAAAGGCCUCCAUCACAAAAAGAGGCCCCUUCACCUGAGAUUGUAGUUCUUGAAACAGGCGAUCUCCAAGUUACAGAAAACUCGUCUCAAUUAGUUAUUGAAGUAACCUCUACCACAGAAGUGGAAGAGAGCCCUGAAAAUUCAGUACCAGAUGAACCUGCUUCACAAAUGCAGAUUAAACUUUCAGGGGAAACUAUUCUUGCUGAAAAUGAUUCCAUUUCACCCCCAUGGAAGAGUAUCCUCACUCCACCACAGAGCAUUCCACCUCCUCCUCCCAUAGAGUGGCCGACAUCUGGCACUUUACCCUCAAAAGAACCAAAUGAACUUGAACUUUCAACCACUGAUACCACCACUUCUCCAAAAGAUGCUGACACCACUUUAGUCCCUUCUCCUCCAAUAGAAGAGGCUCCUAAACAAGAACCUUCUUCAGAUGCUGCAGAACAAAACAAAGAACUAGCCUCUGCCUCCAUUAAUGAGGAACUGUCUGAAAACGCUAACCAUACAGUCAGUGGUAACCUGGAUUCUCCAAAAGCACAAGACGAACCAGAAUCUGAAGUCACAAUAACACAGGAACAAGAAAUGGCCCCCCAAAUUCAAUCUACCACAACUGACGCUCCACAGAAACCCAUCAGGAAAUCCCUCAUCAUCAGCUCUCCACCUUCUCCACCUGCAACAGUAGCCACAUCACCAACCCACCUCAAAGCCCCGCACACAACAAUAACCACCCCCAAGUCUCCUACCACUAUCGCUCCCUCUAUGAAUCUUCAAGAGGCCAUACGCUUAAGGACGGCAGCGCGGUCGCAUAACGGUCCAUCAGCGCGGCUUAGCAUCCACUCACCACCAGGUUUUGAUGUCCGUAAGUCUCCCACCAGCACAGCCAGCUUUAUCUUCUCCAAAAGCAACAAGAGGGUGGUGAUUGACACAAGGUCAGAGGUCAAGGUGGAAAAAAAAACAGAGGUAACAAAGGCAAGUGAGGAACAGUUGGCGAAGAAAGAAUUCAAAUUGCCUCCACCUGUAGCAAAAAAACCCAAAACAAAAACCAAAGAAGCAGAGAGUGGGGACACCACAGGACAGGAUGCUAUUAGAGAUCACACAAAGAAACCAAAUGGGACCGCAGGGACUGUUGAAGGACAAUAACUGGGUCUAAACCUGUAAAAGGAACAAUACAAUAUACAACAUGUUUCAGUUAAAGCAUUAUAUAAAAUCACUCAGACUCUUGCUAAUGGUGUAGGAUGCGUAAUCUGCAUGUAAUUGUAUUUGUAAAGAGGAUUUUGAGCUUUAUCUAUGUAACAGAUGGAUAUGUAUUGCCAUCUAGUGUCAGACAAUGAUUGUACAAAAGAUGUCCUGCUGAGUAAUACUGUACCUUUUGGUAACUGUUACUACAAUUAUUCAAAAUUAGGCUUUAAGUUACUCAUUUGUAAAUAUGGCAUGGCUGUACAUUCACUUUACACAAUUAUGACGUCUUCCAAAUAGAAUAUAUUUGUUUGAAAA